UAAUAUUCCGGUGAAACAGUUCUAAACUAGAAGUCGAUGGCCUUAAAGAAAACACGGGACGACUGAAGGAAGCCGUUUGGACGAGUGAUAGGGAUGCCGUCGAGUGUCACCAGUGCUCCAAACAAUUCUCGGUCGCGCGAAGAAGGCAUCACUGCCGCAGUUGUGGGGAAAUAUUUUGCGGCAAUUGUUCCAACAAUGAAAUGCCUCUUCCGUCCAACAAAAAGCCGGUUAGAGUUUGCGACUCGUGUCACGCCUACCUAUUGGAACGUUUAUCUCAAAAAUCAAAGUUUAAAUUUAUUUUUGAGUUCAUUGGGUGCGAAGACUCCAAAUUCGGUGAUUAUUCCGGUGAUCAACUCAUUGGGUGUCACAUCGAAU